AUAAGAUUCAAGGACGCGUGGAUUCGAUCUACUACGUUUCUUUCCAGGUUUCUCGCCUCUCCUCUUUAUUGGCAGCACAGUUUUGUGAAGUUGUGGCUUUAUUAACGUCUCCCCCGUCUGAGUCAAACACAUUGUGACGUCACAGUGGGGACUGACAGAACCACCAUGCCUGUGGCCUCCACCAGGACAGAACCUGCUCAGCAGGUGGCAGACGUGACGAGUGACUGCACCACAAACUCCACCACAGCCAAUGACCUGGACCUGAUCUUCCUCAAGGGGAUUAUGGAGAACCCUCUGGAGUCAGACGAAACCUUUGAGGAGCAGCAUUUGUCUCCUGUGCAGAAGAACAAUGUGGAGCUGUUGCAAGAAAUCCUCAGCGACCUGAACCCUUUCAAAGACACGUCCAACACAGCAGCUGAACUCACUGAUAUUCUCACUCUGCCUCAUUUUCAGUCCUUACUAGAGACUCAUGAUAAAGUGGCAGCCCAAGUGAAUGACAAUCCGUCCCCAAUGAGGAUUUAUUUUGGGGAUGAUGAUCCGGAUGAAUGUGACCCAACCAGCCAGCAUCCUCCUCCUGACGCCAUUCGUAUGGUGGGAAUACGCAAGGUGGCGGGAGAGCAUCUGGGUGUAACAUUUAAGGUUGACCAUGGAGAGUUGGUGAUUUCUCGUAUUAUUCAUGGAGGGAUGGUAGACCAGCAGGGACUGCUGCAUGUCGGAGACAUUAUCAAAGAGGUGAAUGGAAGGGAAGUGGGCCAGGACCCAAGGGUGCUGCAGGAGGAGCUUCAGGCAGCCGGUGGAAGCAUGGUUUUGAAGAUACUCCCCAGUUAUCAUGAGGCAAUUGCACCGAAACAGCUCUUCUUCAAGUGCCACUAUGACUAUGACCCCACCAAAGAUAACCUUAUCCCCUGCAAAGAAGUGGGACUAAGGUUUGAACGUGGAGACAUCCUUCAAAUAGUCAACCAGGACGAUGUGAACUGGUGGCAGGCUCGUCAUGUGGAGGGGGGCAGCGCAGGGCUGAUUCCCAGCCAGAUGUUGGAGGAGAAAAGGAAAGCUUUUGUGAGAAGAGAUGUGGAGCUGCCUCCUGCAGGCAAUCUGUGCACGGCUGUUGGAGGGAAGAAAAAGAAGAAGGUGAUGUACGUCACCACCAGAAAUGCAGAUUUUGACAGACAUGAGAUAUUGCUGUAUGAGGAGGUCGCGAAGGUCCCACCUUUCAAGAGGAAAACUCUCAUCCUUAUUGGUGCUCAGGGUGUUGGUCGGAGGAGGAUGAAGACCAAACUCUUACUCAGUGAUACACAGCUAUUUGGCACCACAAUCCCAUAUACGUCCAGAAAGCCAAAAAAGGGCGAGCGCGAGAGUCGCAUGUUUGCUUUCACGAGCCGCAGCAAGAUGGAGACAGAUAUAAAGAAUGGAUGCUACCUGGAACAUGGAGAAUACGAUGGUAACCUGUAUGGAAUCAAAAUUGACUCCAUUCAUGAGGUUGUGGAAGCUGGACGGAUUUGCAUUCUGGACGCAAAUCCACAGACGCUGAAGGUGUUAAGGACCUCAGAGUUCCUGCCAUAUGUGAUCUUUCUUCAGGCUCCAGAAUUAGAGGUUCUGAAGGCUAUUAAUCGCUCGGCAGUGGAAGCUGAGAUUGUCUCCAAAGCUCUGACAGAUGAAGAACUCCAGAGAACAUGUGAUGAAAGCGCUAAACUCCAGACUGCCUACGGUCACCUCUUUGAUCUCUGUAUCGUCAACGACAACCUGGAUGAGACUUACCGAACCAUCAAAGCCGCCCUGGAAACAGUCACUAAAAACCCGCAGUGGGUGCCAGUGUCAUGGGUUUUCUAGAGAGGUGGACAGGCUGAUAUCAUUUGAAAGGACUUGCUUCAGUGCAAAUAUUGUGAGGUAAUGUCCACGUAUGUAGAGAUGACAUCUUUGCCUUUCAGCUCCACGCUAUUUUGUUUUUUAAUGUUUAUUAGCCACAUUUAGAGACACUGCCAGCACCAUCUUGUUCGUGAUCCAGCAACAUUAGAGGUAUUCCAGUGAGAAAAAGAUAGAAGAAGAAGAUAGAAUUUCUCUACUUUCCUUCCCCACUGGCACAUUGUUGUCCUCCUCAAUUUUGGUUCUCUACUUAAUCUUUGGUCUCCGAUAAUGUUGGGAAGGAAGCAGAUUCCCUGAGGAGAGUCGAGUCCGAGUCCAAAUGCACCCUGUACUGUGGCCUGUAUCCUGGCUGGAUGAACUUCAAUCCCACUCUGAUUUUUUGAGCGACAAUAUCCUGCUUGAUGGGCGCUUUUUGAGGGACGUGAUUUUGUUCAAGUCAGUCAGUCAUGCUCUUUAACACUGAACAUUUUUUACAUGGUGCACAUCUCCCCACUGUAAACAAUGCGUGUGCAUGUGUGCAUGUGCGUUAUUUCUGCAUAUUUAAUUUCCUGUUAGUUUCUUUAUUCGUUCUAUUUCCAUCUGACUUUAUUGAAUUCCUACAUGUUACUUGUUUACAGCUCAUUCCAGUAGAUGUGUCCAGGCAGAAAAUGUGAAUAUGCUGUAUAUUAGCCUAUUCUGGCCUGUCCGCGACAGUUCGAUCCCCAGAGUUGUCCGUGCUUUUGUAAAGUUUCUUAAAUAAAAGAAAGGAAAAA